AUGGGGAAGAUGAUGGAGCAGGGCCCCGUGCUGAUCGUCACCUUCCAGGCUCAGCUGGUGAUGGUGAUGAAGAACCAGAAAGGAGAGGUGGUGGAAGGAGAUCCGGAGAAAGUCCUGCGGAUGUUGUACGUCUGGGCCCUCUGCAGGGAUCCCGAAGAGCUGAACCCCUACGCCGCCUGGCGCCUGCUGGACAUUUCCGCUUCCAGCACUGAGCAGAUCCUAUGAGUCGGCCCAGGGGGUGGGGGAGCUCGACAGCGAUCCUGCAGAGUGCCCCACCCCCCUGUCCUGCGCAGAGUCCAGCACGAGGGACCCCAGCGGGGCUGGGCCAGGGGUGCUGGUUCGGAUGUAGAUGCUGGGAGACCCUCCCCCUGUACCCUCUUUUUCUGGUCUUCAGACUUGGAACUUGCUAGCAUCCGGGCACGAUGCGGGGCAGCGCUGACCCCCCCGCCCCCUUGCCCUCACGGAUGUCUGGGUCUCCCAGGACGGACACCGGCCUGCGCUUUGCCAAAGUUAUGCCUGUUCCGAAACUCGCUGCCCCUUCAUCCUCGCGCCGAAGAGGCUUCCGGAAGGCUCCUUGCAGCGGAUUCAUCAGGCUGAGCUGGACGCGGGGGGGGGGGCUGCCAGGGGGGGCAGGGAGACGACCCACACACACAUACGCGGGAGAGGAAAACGGGGUGGAGAGAGAGAGGGAGGGUCUUGAGGCGCAGAAGGCCGGCAGAAGGUGGUUGGUCUUCCUUCCAGGAGCUAUUUCCUCACAAGGUUGGCAGGCUCAGGGUGGAAUCUGGGGUCUUUGGUACCCCCUUUUUUGCAGCCCUGGCCGGGCUUGGAAUUGGCUUAGCACCCUUGACGGGGUGCUGGGCGGGGGGGGGGGGGGGGGGGAAAUGGCCCCCUCCCCAUAAGAGUCUCCCAUGCCCCCUCUGUAAAUUAAAAAAAAAGAUACGGCCCACCCUACAUGUGUACAUAUCUGUUUUGACCCAGCUCCG